AUGCCUGCCCACAACGACCAGAACACAAUCCUGGUGGCCGAACACGAAGUCCACGGCAUUCGAACUGGCGUCCAGGCAUGGCUGGAGCGCCGCAGGGAGGUUGCAGGCACGAGGCGACGGCCCCAAGACAAGGCUAUGGCCGUCCGGGAAGCCACCGGCGCCUCUCUUAUGCUGGAUAUGGGCGCGGCACCCGAUCCUGACCUUGUAGGAAGACCUUCUGGCCAACCACUGAAGCCUUUGAUUGUGCUCGAUCGACCUUACGCACCAUGCGCCAGCGAUGUCCCUGAUUUGAAGCCUCUUAGGCUUACAGAACUGCGAAUGGAGACGCACCACCGAGGCUUUUACCUGGAGGCCAGGCGGAUCAGUCCUGUGGUGUCUCUUACCGUACGAUCUUGGAUUAUAGCGCAGGAUGAGGAUGGUGAGGUCGAGCGUCUUGAGGUCUACUUACACACCGGAGUUGACGAUGGCAAUAUCCUGGAAUCUGCUUCUGGUUUCUUCAUCAAGGAGCCAUACCUCACUAUCAAUCGAGAAGGUCAUACAGUGUUGAGAAUCGAUCAUCCGACUGAUCUGAUAGCAUAUGAGCCUCAUGGUGAGGCGUACGAUGAUUAUCCUGGACCCUCGCGCGCGGACAGCCCGAAUGAGGAUUCUGCCGGCACAGAGGAUGUGAUCCUGUGGCUCAAAGGCAAAGGUAAUGCGGCUCUCAAGCAGCGGGAUCUUCACAGCGCACUCACGCUCUACUCGAACGCUUUGGCAACGAGCAGUGACUCGCGAGGAGCAGUCUUGUCCAGCCUCACGAACGCCAUCCUCCGCAAUCGUGCUCAUGUCAAUCUGUUGACAGGUCGAUUUGAACAAGCCAAGAUGGAUGCCCUCGCCUCCUUGGCAGCAGCUCCCGAUGAGAUGGACAAGCAUCUGAACGCAACGGCUUACUUUAGGGCUGGAUGUGCAGCAUAUCGGCUCCGUCAAUUUGAGGAAGCCACUCGGCUGUUUACCGAGCUACAAAGGCUCACGCCUGACGAUACCCAGGCCGAUUUGUAUCUGCUAAGGAUUGCGAUGCGUCUCAAAGAACAGGCGACCGGCCUAUACGGUUUCGGCCGUCUUCGAAGUAAGUAUCGGGGCGCCGCAGAGUUGGUCGAUGCUGCGGACUAUGUUGUGCAGACCGUGGUCCGACACAGUGCUGGCAAGGGACGUGGCUGUUUCGCGAAGCAUGAUCUUGCGACUGGGUCCGUGGUGAUAUGUGAGAAGGCAUUUUGCGUUGCAAGACCAUGCUGUGGGCAAGUCAGAACUGCACUCACGUACGAUACGCGGGAUGACCAGAUUCGUGCUUUCCCCGUGGGUUUGGUCAAGGUACUUGCCGAGAAACUGGCGAAGAAUCCUAGUUGCAUUGCCAAAAUCAUGGAGCUUGUGGGGGGACGCUCCAAAGACACAGGAAUGCCCGUGGUCGACACAUUCAGAUUACAUGACAUCGUACGAUACAAUGCCUUCGCUGUUCCCCAAAGUGACGGUCAAUCGAAAGAGGCCAGUACAGGGCUUUGGAGACAUGCUGCGAUGAUCAACCACUCUUGUAUACCCAACAUUGAGCCGGAAUUCAUAGGUGAUCUUAUAAUCUUUCGUGCUACUCGACCGAUCAAGGCUGGCGAAGAGGUCCUCCAUUGCUACGAUGCUACGAGGGACUACAACACACGACGGACUGCCUUGAAGACUACAUGGGACUUUGAGUGUAGUUGCGUGCUCUGCAUGGCAGAAAGUGCAGAUGAUUUGGAGGUGAGGAAGCGAAGGGAGGAGCUGGCGAACAAGGCUGAUGAUUUUGUGCAGAGGAUGUCGAUCCCCGCCAAGAGACUUGCGAUCGUGAAGGCGAGGCGCUUUAUGAAAGCUAUCAAUGCCACUUAUCAUGAGGGGAGGUACGUUGGGCUACCUCGCACUGCUGCGAAAGCGAUUGAGGCUUGGCUGGCUGCAGCUAUAGCAUGA